UUCAAGCAUUGAGGGUCAUCUCACCAGAGAUGAAACCUCUGGGGCUCUAGUCCCCUUUUGUGGUGAGAGAAAUCGCCAGCAGCAUCACAGCAUGAAAAGCUGUGAUUCACUUGGUGUCAUCUGUUUUUAGAAGAGGAGAUACCUGAGAGUUCAAAAUGCCGUGCUGGACUGUGGGACGAUGAAAACAGAUGAAUUCCCUUCUCCAAGGUUGCACUCAGAAACUAAUGCGGUCAUGAAGGGUCAAAAUGUGUCUCUGUUUUGUUCCCAUGAGAACAAAUCACUGCAGAUCACCUAUUCGUUGUUUUGGCGUGACAAAUACUUGAGAACCCAGAAUGGAACAGAGGAACCCGUGAUUUUUUACCUCGACAUCUCAGAAGCCGCUGACUCGGGCCCCUACAAAUGCAAAGCUGAAGUUUUACAAUGCGCAAAAUAUAGUCGUGAGUUCAGCUUCACCAUUGUUGACCCGGUGACUGCCCCAGUGCUGAGCGUUUCGGUCACUCAGACAGAAACAGAACGACACAUAACACUACAUUGCCUCUCAGUCAAUGGCUCGCUGCCCAUCAGUUACACUUUCUUUGAAAAAGACGUCACCAUAUCACCAGCUAUUUCCAAGGACAGAAGGGAGCCUGCCGAGUUUAACGUCACCAGGAAGAACAGUGGAGAAGAGGAAGAGUAUAGGUGUGAAGCCAGAAACAGUUUGCCCAACCACACAAAGGACAGCCAGCCUGUCACCGUGACCCCAACAGGUGGAGGCGGCUGUCCUUUCUGCCUGCAGCUACUGCUUCCCGGGCUAUUACUGAUGCUAAUAGUGAUAGUCCUAAUUCUGGCUUUUUGGAUACUACCAAAAUACAAAGCAAGAAAAGCUAUGAGAGAUAACGUGCCCAAAGACCGUGGAGAAGGUGGAAUAUACGCAAACAUCAGUAACAAUCAAGCAGAUGAGGCAUCUGUGCCAGACGUGGAAUCCAGGCAGUGUGUUUCCACAGCGCGAGACGGGGCCGGAGACUCCCAGGAGAUACAUUAUGCCACCCCCAUGUUCCGGGAGGUGGCACCAACAGAGCAAGAAGCCUGUAGUGAUUAUAAAACUGGAUAUGUCUAUUCUGAACUUGCCUUCUGAAAUGUGAUGAAAUAAACUACAUCUCUGGUUCUGGAGGCCAGAAGUGCAAAGUCAAGGUGUCACAGGGCCGUGCUCCCUCUGAAGACUCCAGCGGAGCCUCUGGCAGCUUCUGGUGGCUCCAGCGUUCCUUGGCUGUGGGUCCUUCAUGGCAACCUGCGCCCGCCCUCACAUGGCCCCCCCUCUUCUCCUGCCGUCUGUCUCACAAGGAUGCUCGUCGCUGGAUUCAGGGGCUGACCGGAUAACCCAGGAUGAUCUCAUCUCAAGAUCCCUUGUGUAAUUACGUCUGCAAAGACCCUUUUCCCAAAUACGAUCAUGUUCACUGGCUCCAGGA